UGAGUGCCACCACUCACUGAGCGCCUUACAUCGUGGUGCAUGGAGACGCCUGGUGUUUUUGAAUUAGACCCCCGCGGUGCAAAAUAUGAGAACCCCACUCACGGAUCUCAAAGUUGCAGUGUUUCUCCCUACCUCCGCGAUAUUUUUUACCCUUUUGGUCCAAGUUCUGCUUUGUCGCGCGAUUACAUUUGUUCUUACUCCAUGGUUUGCUUGGUUUUUUGUUAUUUUCUCGUGCGAACUCACUUUGUGCUGCUUCUUCUAGUCUUAGCUUGAUUCUUGUUCACGAAGAAGUUGUUUUCACCGUGUGUUUUGACAGUUUAAUUCUGUUCCAUUUUUCAAAGCGGUAAGUUCGGUUUGCUGCAUUCUCGUAUUUAUUAAUAAAGUAUACUUAAAUCUAUUUUAGAAUAAACCAUCAUGUCUAAGCGUUCGAAACAGACGGGAAAUUUUUAUAAGAAGAGGGCUCGGUUGAUGGAUGAGGUCGAAAGGAAUGUGGAUGCAUUAAACAUCACGCUUGAAACGGCUUCGACUUCUGUUUGGCCGGACCUUGGAGUGGAAGUUACACCAGAAGAUUUGGAAUUGUUGUUUGCAGGAUGUAGUUCGGCAGAGCCAACAACAUCUACCACUACAACAACAUCGAACGCAACCACGACAUCGAACGAUUUUCAUGAAUUUGAAGAUAUCUAUGAUUCGGCAGAUGUUGCGACUGAUGCCAAUGAUCGCUUCGAAUUCAUGAAAAAUUUGAAUUUGAAGGAUGCACUUGUGCAUCUUAUCAUUCUUGGCCGUGCUUCACGUUUUUUAACAGAAGGCUUCCUUGCCAUCUUAAGGAAGUUCUUUAAAGCUAAAGUCCCUAAAACAAAAAGAACUUUGCUAAAAACUGAAGCCGAUAUUAAAUCAGAAAUUACACCAAUUAAUGGGGGUAAAUUAUGGUACCGUGGCAUAGAAAAAGUGCUUCUUAAAUAUUUUGAAGAUAUUGAUCCUGAACCGGACAUAUUUACCAUCGAUGUUUCUAUCGACGGGCUUCCACUGUUUAGAAGUUCCCGUAAACAGCUUUGGCCAAUACAAAUAAGGGUGGUCGAAUUACCAAAGGUUCCACCAUUUGUCAUUGGAACUUAUGGAGGCCCGAAGAAACCCCAUAGUAUUGGAGAAUUUUUGAAUCCUUUGGUGAAGGAAAUAAACGAUCUCCAAAAAAGAGGCCUUCAGUUUAAGCAUAAGUUGGUGCCAAUGGUUCUUCGGGCUUUUAUUGCAGAUUCGCCGAUGCGGGCCACUUUGAAAGCUACAAUGAAUUUCAAUGCCAGACAUGGAUGCUUGAAAUGCACAUGUGUUGGGACAACUAUUCAGGUUGGACCUAAUAAAACAAAAAUUAUUUUAGAUUCCAUCGAUGCACCUCCACGCACGAACGUUGGAUUUAGGCAAAGAGAUGACAAAGCUCAUCAUAAAGAAUGGUGCAGUCCUUUGGAAGCCAUCGAUGACUUUGAUAUGGUCGAAGGAAUGCCAGUGUCCGACAGGUUGCAUUUAUUGGAUGAGGGAAUAUUUCAAAAAAUACUAGUAGGGUUUUUGAACAACACUUUCGAACUAUUAGGCCAUAUUUAUCCUCGUCAGAAGGAAGUAGUAUCUGCCUAUAUAAUCAAAAUUAGGCUUCCCUAUGAAAUACCUCGUAGAAUCCGGUCCCUUGAUGAAAUUGCGCAAUGGAAAGCUACUGAAUACCGUAUCUUCUUCCAUUAUUUAAGCGUAGUUAUACUAGAAGAUUUUUAUCAAUAUGAAGGUUCAUUUAACCAUUUUUUGAUGUUAUUUUCUGCGAUAACAAUAUUUUCUGCAAGGGCCCAUCAACAAUAUUGGUCUCUGGCAAAAAUAAUGUUGGACGAAUUCUUUAGACACUUUGGGAAAUAUUAUGGACGGUCUAACAUAACCAGCAAUGUUCAUAACCUUCAGCAUGUUGCUCAUGAAGUUGAAAAGCUUGGGCCUCUGGAUUUAUAUUCCGCAUACGAUUAUGAAAAUAAUUUAAGAUUUAUUAAGCAAGACGUAAAAUCAGGCACUAAUAUAGUUGAACAAGUAGCUGGUCGUCUAACCGAACGCAGUCAAGUAGUAAAAGCCAAAAACAUCGCGAAACUUAUAUACCCGAGACUUAGACCAAACGGCCGUUUCUUUAUUACCGAGGAUUUUUCCCUUCACACACAGUUCCAGAACCAAUGGUUUUUAACUGAAGAAAGGAAUAUUAUUAAAUUUGUAAAAGCAAAGAAAGAUGCUUGUGAUUCCUUUAUAAUUGUUGGCGAUUUAAUCGAAUCAUGUGAGGAACUUUUUAAUGUAGUGUCUGAUGAGGACAAUGUGAUAACAGAUAUACAUUUAUCAUCGACUGAAAUUUGUAUCUACAAAGUUAAGCUUAAUGUCCCUACAAUAAGGGUAGAGGUCCCCUGUACAUCUGUGCUAUGUAAGCUCGUUCCAAUUUUUAAACCAUCGCGGUCUUUAUUGCAAAUGCCUGUAAGGACAACACCCCAGCCAAAUUCAAUAGCUUUAUUUCCUUUGUUACACACGUUUAGGAACGCAUAAUAUGUAAAAUAGUUUAUUAAAAAUUAAUCAACUAAAAACAAGUCGUUUAUUUAUUUACUAAUCGUGAUUUUAACAUUAAUAAAUGACAUGAUUUUUAUUAAUUUAAAAUUUCAGUUAAAUAAAUAACUUUGGUUUUUGCGGCACCGCAUCGAACUCAAAAUAGAAAAGAGCUUAUGGGUACCAACUGUAAAAGUAAACGAACGAACAUAUUUUAAUAGUUCACGUAUAUUUAACUAAACAUUAUUUAUAGAGCCCAGGUCUAUUCCAUCUCUUAUAAAACUAAUAUGUUCCUAACAAAGUAAUAGUCAACAAUACUAAAAUAACUUAACUAGUUCGUUUGUUUUUUGUUUCGCUUGUGCGCUUUAUGCACUACGCUUUUAGUUAUUCCUCUUGUUAAGCUUGCACUUUUUGCAUUACUAAUUUUGUUUUUUAAGAAUUGCUCGACAUCUUUUUCUGUUGUCUGGGCACCUCCUACCCGUUUGAAGACAUUCAGAAUGUUUCGGUAUGCCACUAACGCUACCUUUUCCGAGCCAUUUCGCGAAACACCUCUCCAAUUGCACUGUACCACAAACUUACGACAGAACACAUUGUAAAAUGAUUCGUGAAUCCUUUGAAAUUUAUCUGUUGAUUGCAUUUGUGCUUUUAACCAGUUUUCUAACGCUUCUGCAUUAGAUGUUAAUGAAAGACUGGACUCUAAACUGUCCAGUUGUUGCUUGUUGGUAACGACCGCAGGAUGAAACAUCGGUCGCUGGACAGUGCUUUCUGUUUCCAGAUUAGUUUCGUUGCUUCUUUCCUUAAAUGCAUUCGUAUUUACAAUAUCCUUUAUUGCAACAGAAAUGCCAGCCACCACCGUGGUCAUUCGUGCCGUUUGCACAAGAUUUGCUUGUGUAGCAGAUUUGAUAAGCUGCAACUCCUGCAAAAUGUUUUCUCCAGGAUUGUUCGCCAUUUUGUUCUUGACUGUAACAUUACCAAAAUAUUAAAUGGAAAUAUUUUAACAAUUUGUGGUAACUACUUACUUUUGUGAACUAAAUUAUCGUUUAACUAAGCGUAUUGUAAUCGCAAAAUUUAAGCAGUCCACAAUCUGUUUCGGCGUACAUAAACAAGUGCAUUCACGUUUGAAUCUUCAACAUAGAAUGGAAAAGGUUUUGCAUGAAAAACAGUCAACCUUAUGUCAUAUAGAGGCUAAAAAUAAUUCAAGUGAAUAUUUUCUUGGAGAUUGUUAAAUUAUUUCGCCGUAAAGUUAUAAUUUAGAACAUAUAUUUAUUUCUGAUUUAAAUAUAAUUUAAAAUAAUGACGACAAUGCCCUUUUUCAAAUAGUUUUAGGCUUUAAAAAGAAAUAUAACACACAUACACCAUCAAUAAUAUUGACAUUAUGGCUGCUGUCACAAUUAUUGACCGACCUGUCUCAAAGCAAUGUUAGCGCGUUUGACAGUUCAAUCAUUGUUGGUGUUUGCAGCAGCCAUGGCGAGCAAAAGAAAUCUGUUUGCCAAAAAAGUUGUCUUUACAAGGCAAAAUAGCUAGUUCAUGUAAGUUAAAUUGUAAUAUAAUGUCCCAUUAAGUAUUUUUUAACAGGUGUGUCGCAAAUUCUAAGCGUGAUGUGAAUAACAAGACGAAAAAAGGAUCCUCGAAAUUGCUCAACAGCUAGCAAUCAACAGCACCAUGCUUCACUGCAUUACCAAUGAAUGCAUUUAUUCUACGCUGUGCCAUUCAACUAUGGUGUAAAAUACUUCAUGAACACACGGAGGAAAUCAUCACACGAAGAAGUGCCGGUACAGAAGGAAAAAGGCCCCCGAAAGAGUGAUAAAUUAGUCGAUGAAGUGAAGAUUAUUAUUAUAAUGCGUUGUAAAUUGCUUAUUGUUACGUAAAAUGUUAAAAUAUAUCCCUUUUUUGAAACGA